UAGUCUUCGUUCCAUUUCGUCUGUUUAAGUACUAAUAGUUGAUGGGCCGGGAGACUCGGCGGGUAAAGCUCGGAAUGUAUUUAGUCUUAUGGCCGCAGUGCCAAGCGCAUUGGUUCAUUGAAGAUAAUGCGUGAAUAUAAAGGCAUAAAAGAGUCUUGCAGGUACAACGUCUACUUCAGUUCACUCUCUUUCUUCUUUGUUUUCCCUUCGUGUCUCAUGGCGCCCAAUUCCAUUGAGGGUAUGUGGGGGCCGGGAUUCAUUGGAUACAUCAUAGCUACAGCGCUCUAUGGGAUAUCCUUUGGGCAGUAUAUGUUCUACCUGCGAUCUUUUCCACAAGAUCCGAAAAGACUCAAUCUUUUCGACACAAUGCACCAAUACGCGAUGACAGGGAUAUACUGGUCUAUCUUCAUUUCGUGCCGACGUAGCACGUCCCUCGAACUUCUGGGACUAUUUGUGUCAUAUUCGAUCAUUUUCUUCGUCCAGUGUUUCUAUGCGUACAGGGUGUGGAUAAUCACGGGCAACAAUCACUGGAUUACAGGGAUAAUUGUGAGAUCACCCAUCUGUGGUUUAGCAUUAUACACGAGAAGCGCUGAAUUCAUAUUCAGCACGAAGUGGUCGCCAAUAUCGACAUUUACCAGCGCAUUAUGUGAUUCUGUCAUCACAGGGUCCAUAUGGUUGUUCAUGCGACCAGCACGAACGGGACAUAUUCGGAGAAAAUCAAGAAAUUAUAUCAGUGAUAUGAUGUGGAUUUGUAUCAACAUGGGUUUAUUUUCGUGGUAUGUGCAAUCCUCCACACCUGUUUAUAUGUUUCAAGAUGGUCUUAUGGGACAGUUCUAUACCGCUGCUCCCGGAGCGGUGCUAGCGAAAUCCUAUAUGAACUCGAUGAUGACGGUGCUCAAUGCUAGGAAGUCCAUCCGCGAACGGGAGCAACUUGGUUACAUCUUAACGGAGCUUCCUGCGAUACCUACGGUACGGUGAUAUCUUGUUGUCUUGGCAGACAUCGGAUAUAUAUAUGAUAUUCACAUACACUUAUGACCUCCAUAAUCUUCGGCCAGCAUAUGGGGCGUACCAACUAUCCUACGACUUUCCUUUUAACUGC